AUGCCCAUCCCCGACGGAGACUACGAAAAGGGCAAAAAAGUGUUCAAGCAGCGCUGCGCACAAUGCCACGAGAUCACCUCGUUGGGCACCAAGACCGGUCCCACGCUGAACGGAGUCAUUGGCCGGAAGAGCGGAAUGGUCGCUGGAUUCGAGUAUUCCGCCGCCAACAAAAACAAGGUGAGGGGGUUUGGGGAGUUCUUGGACUUUUUUUGGGGAGCUAUGUUUUUUGGGGCUUGAAUGAUUUGGGGUAUGGAAAAAGUACCGCAGAUUGGCCACCAUCCCUAACCGCCAAUCUAAAUUUAGGCUAACCCUGGACUAAGCCUUAGCCUGGAGAACGUUCCAUUGUAUAAAAUGUCCCAAAAUUUCCUGAGCGCCUUUUGCAAUUCCCUAAAAUUUUUGAUUUUUUUGUAUGAUGGCCAAUCUGCGGAUCUUUUACCUGGGGUUUAAAGAUCUGGUAAAAGUUCCUUAUUUUGGCCACAACUUAUAACUUUGCGGAAACUGGUCGGAAUUAGCUCAAAUUUAGCGUGCACGCUCAGUUUAUCGUUGUCAAUGCCCGGACAGUGGAUUUAGUUAGUGAGGUACCUUCUUUUUUACGUACCAUCUUACCCUUCAAAAACGGCCGCAGCCUGUGAUUUUACACUUUAUACGAUGAAACAUGUCCGGAACUAAACUUAUUGCCUCUGUAUGGAACUAAAUGAGUCGUCACAGCCUUCGUAGGUACCCUUAAAACUAUAGAGCUAUUAUAGUAAUUCAGUGCCAGCUAGGUCGAAGCGUUUUUUCCUAACUUUAGUGCCCAAGCUUGGGCGCAGUUCGCGGGGUACCUUUGUUGUGGCCAAAAUAAGGAACUUUUUCCGAGAUGAGGAGUUUUUGAAAUUGAAAGAUAUCAUAAAUUUACUAGUCAAGUGCCCUUCAUCUAUCAUUUCAAUUUAUGAAAGUUUUAGCCUGCGUUUUGCAGGCGCAGCUGAGAUAUUCAUCGGUCUUUGCCGCCGACAGUAUGCGCAACGUGGGGAGCGGUCAGAGUGAAAAGCAGUUUUAAGCCAUAUCUUUGCCAGUUUCGCGCAGAAAAAAAUGUUUUUUGAAGAAAAAUUACCCUGUACUGUAGAAAUAGACAAGGUACUUUUCAUGCCGAAAUUCGAAAAAGUGCCGCAUUUUUUGCUGACUUUCGAGCUAAAAAUCUCGGUUGUUUCUGCAAAGUGCGAGCUAAGAAGCUCGCAUCUGUUUUAGGAAAAAUUGAUCUGAAUUUUUGCCACUUUUCAUUAGAUGCUAGUUGAAUUUUUUGACAAAAAAAAAUCAAAUUUCAAAAUAAAAAAAACCGAUAAUUUUUGUCAGCAAAAAAUCGUCUCUCCUCAAAAAUUUCAUUUCCCAAAUUUUUAUCACCAAAAAGCAGAGUGAAUCCCCGAAAUCCGGCUCGAAAAGUGCAGAUUGAACGUGAACAAACAAUGUCAUCAUCCCCAAUUUUCUCUUUUCCCUUUCGAGGCCAAUUCCCAUAAGCCAAAAUGUGCGCCCUUGUAGCUCAGUGGUUUCAGAGCGUCGGUCUUGUAAACCGAAGGUCCAAGGUUCGAAUCCUUGCUGGGGCAAUCCUUUUUGGCGGGUUUCGGGGAUCUCAGGGGUUGAGAAAUGAUGGCAGAGGGGCCAUAAUUUUUGUUUGAUAUUUGUAGAUGAUCUGGGGAAUUGAAAAAUCGAAUUUUGCGCCUUUUAUGGUCAUAAAAAUUUCAUUUUUGGUAUUUUGUCCCCGAAAACCCCAAAUUUUCCCUUUUUUGAUUUCAGAUUUUUUUCAUAAAGUGCAUGGACAUUUUUCACUUUAUGAUUCUAUUUUGCACAGUGCAUUUUGAACCUUUUCCCACGCUUGUCGCCAACGCACAGUGCAUUUUUUUUCUUUUUGCACCGUGCAAACCUCAUGAAAGCCGUUUGCACGGUGCAAAUUCCGCCGCAGCGACAAGAAUUGAAACUUUUUGUCGCAGCGAUGCUUUACCGCACAGUGCAAAAACCAAAAAAGAAAAUGAAGUGCACAGUGCAAGAUGAGGGUUUUGUACACGGUGCGGGACGUGACAAAUGUCCAUGCACUUUAUGAAAAUGACAAAAUCAGUCCGUCGGGAAAAUAAUGUGCCCUCUGGCGCAUCGAAAAUCACAUCGCCGCUGGGGAUGGAUGAUCCAUGCACUUUAUGAAAAUACUAUUAUUAAAACAUCAAAACAUAGUAAUGUUCUAAUUUUAGGGAGUGACCUGGACCAAGGACACUUUGUUCGAGUACCUGGCCGACCCCAAGAAGUACAUCCCGGGCACGAAAAUGGUGUUCGCCGGCCUCAAAAAGGAAAAGGAACGCGCCGAUUUGAUCAAGUACAUUGAAGUCGAGGGAGCCAAGCCUGCUUCGUAA